CAGAAGUUUUGGUGACAAGUAGUAGAAUCUGCUCCGAUAGAUCCGUCAUCGACGUCUUCGUCUACUAAUUGUGCCUACUCUGGUCGUGCUACUUCCGCGCCACCUCGUCUUCUGCUUUCUGACGCGUCGUGCAUCGUGACCGGAUCAUGGACAAAUCAUAGUCUUGCAGCGCAGAGGACGUCGACGAGGACGAGGACAAGAAGCUGCUUUUUUUCGAAAUGGAGACAGAAGGUGGGACGGUGGCGGCACGAGAUCGUGGAAGCUACCUGUAGUUGGAGGAUGAACACGCACAAGCAGAAGUUUGCCACGCCCGGAGGUGCCGGACCUGCACCGGACACGACCCGUACCAGCAUCAUAGUAGUAUCUUCAAACAGGCCACGGCCAGAGUCCUUGCCUGGCGGGUACCGACGGGGGCAGGAGAAAGACAAAAUUGCUGGAGCUGAAAAGCAGCGAACACGAGCGACGAGCAGCAGCAGCAGCAGCAGGAGCACCACGAACAACAGAAGAAGUUACUCACUACAGUCGUCUGUGAAAAUCAUUCGUUCACGAAAGGAAGUAGGCCAGCAGUUGUGGCAACAACAAACGCUGACAAUGAGCGCGAACGAAAUUUCUACCGUCUUGCGAGCAACUACUACUAGUACGAGCGUAGACGGCAAAACGGAGCAGCCGGCGCUCAGAAAAACUUCAGCUGGCGAACGCAGGAGUGCGUCGAGGGAGAUGAUCAGUGAAAGACCACGUCGUGGUCAGGCAAUGAACAGGAACGGAUUGGAGGGUAGCGAAAAAGUGCAAAAAAGAGCACAACACGAAGGCGUCGUUGUUGACGAUGUUGAAGUAGUAAUAAACGCCACGACCAGGAGAAUCAGUAGCAGUACGUCAGACCAGCCGAUGAAGCAGGACCUUCUCACAAAAUCAAGUGGAACGUCUUUCCUCUACCAGCGCGUGUGGCAGUUUCUGCGACGAAAACUGCUCCCCAUCCUGGUUACCCUUUUCGUCGCCGUCAGCCAGCAAGGCUGCCUUCCCCCCGACUGGAGCUGGUGCCAGUGCGACUUCCGGGACAAUUACUGGAACCACGUAAUCAACGACUUUUCUAUGCUGUACUCCGACCUGGAUGCUUAUCGGACGAAAAAACUGCUUCACCGAUGUGGCGAUCUGUUUCGGGGAACUAGCAUGUUGACGAGCUUGUAGAAGUUCGACGCGGCAAGAAAGAAAAUCUGUCUAGCGUGCUGCUGCCUAACGGAACGAACAAAACACUAUUAAACAGAGCUAAAGAUAAACACUAGUAAAGACUACUACAUUUGUUCUAGCCAAAGCAAGCUAGCCGUUGCUGUACUGCAUCCUCCGCAUCACAACUGGUGACGGUGAAACAGCUUUUGCCUGCGACAAUGCUUUCACGGCGAACAUCCGGAACCCGGAGUCGAAGGAAUACCAGUACUUCCAGAACAUGCCGGAGGGCUUCAACUGCCCCAAGGAGCAGCCCACGGUGUUCUGGAAGGCCUGGCCGCAACUCGGCAUGACCCGAGGGCUCAUCGAAAACACGGCGGGCGACCUGUGGAUGCCGGCCGCCCGAGCGAGAAUUACGGGCACCUGCAUGGCCGGGCACAUGGGACUCCUCCUGCUCUGCAGUCAGGCGGUAUCCGGGAAAGCAACUGUGUUAGAAGGUUUUAUGGAGAACCAGUUCCUGUGGAAACAGCAUGGCAGAUCUACAUAUAGCACGACAGCAUCAAAUGUAACGCGCAAGUAGUAUCAGUCAAAAUAGUACGGAAACGGACAAAACUGACCUACGUAAACGUACACCACUGUUGUAUAUAGUGCAUGUUCAGCAUGACACUCCUGUUUUGCAUACGUAUGGAACUAACAGAGAGCGAUAGUUCACUUACACACUUUUUUUCCUCGAUAUGCGGUCCUGUUUGAGGCGGAUAAGUUGGAAGGGGGGGAGCAAAUGCGGAAACUCGAGCUGUUUUUCGGGUAAGUACAGCCAUACAGUUAUGACACCACGACAAUCUGUUUAUCUUCUCGUCGUUCUGGAAAAGAAACUCCUUUAUCUGUUCUUUCAUCGUGCUUACGUGUCUUCGACAAAGUAAGUAAGAUCGGGGCGAACAACAAAAAUUUGUUUAUUCACAGAUGAAACAUUUCGAAGAUCUUCGAGUUCUUGGAAGUGCAGAUACUCAUCGAAACAAACCUCCGUCAGGUACAUGGUGAUUCUGCGCGACUUGGGUGAAUCGAAAGAGUUCCGACAGUGCAUGAACAUGGAGGGGUGGCCGUUUAAGUCUCUGUUGCUGCGCGAUUACGCCAUCAAGUGGAUCGGGAACGAGGCGGGCGGCGUCCAGCCCCUAUGCAGAGCAAAUCAUGUGUAGUUUGGGUCUGGAAGAAGUUGUAGAUGGCAAACUUUGACAUUGACUGUGUGUUGAUCGAUGAGCAGCAUCAGCGCAGCCUCAUCUGUCGUGUUCACGCAAAAGCUUCAUUUGCUCUGAUGUUUAGUUGCCUACUAAGCACGUCGCUUCAGAAGGCUUCGUAAAAAGAACUUGCCAUUCUCGGCUGCAAGUACCACGAAUCAAUGUUUCGUAUGAUCGUUUGCGUCGAUUUAGUAUACGUAACAGGCUUUGAGAUUCAGACCUGUAUUUGCAAUUGAUAGCCACAAGCGGCGUACUACGGGGGGAGAAUCGACAUUUACCAGAUGUUGUACAACACGAAAUCUGACCCUUUUGACCGCAAAGCCAUGCUGCCGGGGCGGAGGCCCUGCGUCCCGUUCAAAAACCCCGAGUGCUGGAAGCGGAAAUCUUUGCUGCUCCUGGAAACCUGCGAAUACUGCUGUAGCAACUUCCAGCACAAGGGCGGCCGUGGGGCACCCUGGUGCUUCACGGAUUACUGGACCUUCGAAAAGUGCUGUCAGACGGACAUGAUAGACUUGGAGUGCGAGGUAUGCAACUAAAAAAAACUAUUUUAUACCCCCGCACAAGAGCACGUGAUCAUGUCAUGACGUUAAGAUUGAACUUAAAGAUCAAUAAAGACAUGUCACUCUAGUCGGGAGAACAAGAAAAUGUUUGUCAUGCAAUGAUGUCAACAGCAGUUGUAAAUCUAAGUUAAUGCAAGUUCCAAUUGUACGGAAUGUGCAUGUGGUGAAGCGUUCCAAUUGUUGUGCAACGUGGUGGAAGUGCUGGGUUGUAACUUUACUGCGCAUACGAGGAGGAACGAACCGGGGAGGACGGGGGAUGCGUGGACUGCCGAAAGCAGGUCAUCUUUCGGUGCUUUACACCGCCGGAGAUGGGGCUCUACAAAGCGCAGGUCAAGUACAACAAGGGACUGGCGAAAGAUAUCCCUAUCCUGUGCAAAAGUAUCGUACUCGUACAAAUGCAAGUCUUGCAUUACAAAUCUUGUUUCCAAGGCAAAUCUGGAUUACAAACUUUAUUUCUCAUGCUGAGGAAAUUUGAAUUUCGAAUUUGUAAUGCAUUUAUACGAGUGCGAUACUUUUGCAGUUCAUAGGAUCCGUAUAUGAUGAAGGCACCGUCCUCCGAUUGUGUUAGUACAUCUUACGUCAUGUGCACGUUGGUUUUUGUAUCUUGCAGGAAGACAACAUCUACUUCGCAAGUUGACCAAAAUUUUCGUAUGUUUUUGACACGCUGAAUAGAUAUGUAAAGAUUUAUUUCGACGCAGGUUUAUUGCGUCUUUUUGCAAAUGCAAACAGAAGUAGAAAUAGAAUUACUUGAUGACCAUGAUGCAUGAGGAAUUUUGUAUGUGAGACGUCGAGUGGUCACGAUUAGUACUAAAACGAUUUAACGGAUAGUACAACGUUUGCAGUGCAUGGAGCAUGCGGAUUUACGGAAGACCCUCGAGGAGCACAUGAAAAACCAGCAGACCCAACACGCAGAGAUGAUGGCGCGGGAAGACGACUACCAACAGAAAUUGCAGAUCUCGCAUUCCAAAAUGCAGCUGUUCGCGGACGUGGUCCGGAACACGACGCGGCAAGGGGCGGAAAUAGAACAGGAAAGACAGCACGGCGUAUACAACGAAAGCUUUCGGGAGCACAAGUAGUUCUGAUCGCUUUUAGUUUUUUGUUCUUGAAAUUUUUAUGACGAGCAUUUUUGGAUAUUUUUUAACAACUGCUUAGCAUGAUGAUGAUGAUGACAAAAUUAUCAACAACUAAAACAGCGAAACGUACUACGAGGCGCUGCGUACGCACAACAUCCUGACCGAGGCCCUCCGAGUGUUGACGGACGCGAGAGAUCAGGUGGCACAUGCGGCGAGCCGGAUCAGCCAAAACGAGACCGACCAGCAGCGAACCAACAAUAGCCUGAUUACCACGGCUAUGCAUUGCAAAAGUAUCACGGUACUCCUCGUAUAAAUUUUUGCAGUCAUGAAUCUGAAUGACAAAGCCUUAACCUGAAACAGCAUUACAAAUUGAAACUCCAUACUAUUGUUCCUAAAUUUGUGAUACCAUUUACAUACUACUAGUAGUACGCGACGUUUGCAAUUCAUAACGUCGGAUGACUGCGAGAAUCGAGUGCGGGUCUUAUUGGACAAGGAGAAAAACGAAAUCACCACCAAAGAGGCCCUAUCAAAUGUAAAAAUGUCUGGGUCUGGAAGAGUGCAUGUUUGUCAUGCUUGUCUGGCAUGACUCUCAAAUCUGUCAUGCACGUUACCCAAGAGCGCUACUUUUCUGCCAUGCAGAAACGCAGUUUGUCAUGCAGAAUAGGCAACACCGAGAAGCUCAGAAACUUGUCAUGCUGAGCCAGCACUUGUGGCCUCCUCAUGAUAUGCCACCCAGCAUCACAAGUUUCCAGACCCAGACAUUUUUGCAUUGCAUAGGCCCUAGACACCGCGACGAGGUUUGAGCAGAGUAAUCGGACGGAAUCAGAAAAGAGGAACAGCUCGCUGGCUACCGGAGAAGAGCAGAACAAAAACACGUUCGUAUCAAAUGCAAAGAUGUCCGGGUCAGGAAGGUUGUAACAUCUCCCAUGUUCUUGCAGGUUUCGCAUGGCACAGAAGGUCUGGAAUGUUGCGAGCUGUAGCAUCACAAGUUUUAUUGAGAAGGCCACCCAAUUAUGCGUAUCCUGGGUGAGAAAUGCCAUCUCAUGGGUCCCAAAAGUGACAAAUUCAGAGGAUGACCCUUGUUCCAGACCCAGACAUGUUCGCAAUGCAUAGAUCGUACCCGUGAACGAAACGAAGAACACCGCCGAGCGGGAAUUGGAGGUCGCCCGACUGGAGUUGCAGCGGCAGGAGCAGAUUUUUGCGGACACCAUAUCAAAUGUAAAAAUGUCUGGGUCUGGAAACUUGUGAUGCUGGGUGGCGUCUCAUGAUGAGGCCACAAAUGCUGACGCAGCAUGACAAGUUUCUGAGCUUCUAGGUGUUGCCUAUUCUGCAUGACAGACUGCGUUUCUGCAUCACAGAUGAAAAAUGGAGCUCUUGGGUAACGUGCAUGACAGAUUUAAGGGUCAUGCCAGACAAGCAUGACAAACAUGCACUCUUCCAGACCCAGACACUUUUGCACUUGAUACACCAACCACAAAUACAACGUGCAGGAAGCGACGAGGGCGCAGGCGGAAAGGAAUUAUGGCGUUCUCACAUGUUACAUUCUCAGCUGUUACAUGAUUUGUCAUGCAAAAACACUAUCACUCUUACCGCGAUCAAGCCUUCUCCGCAUGACAACUUCUCGACGCGCUAGAUAGCAUUAUAAUCUGCACUAAACCUGUAAUGCAAAAGGCGCAACGCUUUCCCUUUCACUUUUGCCGUUCUUGCAUUACUACUUUCAUGUAACAGCUGAGAAUGUAACAGUUGAGAACGCCAUAGGAAUGUGCCCGCCAGUGUGGCGAACUGGAUGCGGGUGCUGAGCCAGAUUGAGGGCGCGAAAAGGGCGAAGGGAGAGCAGGAGGGCAAUAUGAAAGAGGUGCACAACUCUCCCUCCCCCUCAUAUGUAGUAUAGCAUGAACGGCAAUACAACAUAGUACAAGAAUCAGCAAGAAUGCCGGUUUUGCAUGACAAAUUUACACUGCAGUGUCAUCCUAUUUAUUGGGCUACCACCAGAACUUGUCAUGCAUAAUAGUGAUAGGACCAGGAGGGACAGCGACGGUCUCGACGAGUUGGUGUUUUUGCAGAACGAGGGUGACGAGUUUUGCAUUCUCAUAAGGAAGAAGCAAGAGUUACAGGCCAGCCUGUCGAGCACAAACCAGAAGGUCAGCGACGUGGAGGCUAGCAGUUUCGAGAAAUGCAAGGACAUACCGAAAGACUCGGUGCAGUGUUUACUGGACAACAGGCCGACGAAAAAGAAGAAAAAGAAGGAAAAAGUUGGAGGGGUUUCUGGCGUAGACGGCGGCCAAGAAGGUCAGCAGAAGGAGCAAGUAGAGCAAAACAAGCCCGAGGUCGUUCAUCGUCAGGAACAGAAGUGCGACCCGGCGGAGCCCGCGCCGGAAUGCAAGGACACGCACGAGCAUUGCGAUUACUGGUCGAAGAAUGGAUACUGUGAGUCACGGGAAAAGUACAUGAAGAAGAAUUGUCCCAAGAGCUGCAACUUUUGUCCGCCCGCCCCAGAGCCAAAGUGCUACAUGGUCGACGUCGUGGUGCCGCAGGCAGAACAAGUAGAUGAGUCAGCUAGUACAACAAGUACUACUCGCGGAGAUGAUGAAUUUAGGGCAGCUGUAGAGACGAGCGACGAUGCAGAAGACGACGACGAUCUUUCCACCGACGAAGUCUCCGAUGAGCAGCUUUCCACGGCGGAACUCCGGGCGGCAAAGGAUGUAUUGGCGCAGCGGGAAAGAGAACGGCAAGAGUUGAAGAACCAGAUCAAGAGAGACGAGGACACGGUCAAGGGCACGGAAGAGAAGCACAGCGGGAUUAUCAAGGAGCGCCAAGACGCGGGGACCGCGGUGGCAAAGGCGGUGGAAAUGCAGAGCGAGAAAAGGCAACGCUGGCAGGUGGCCAACACCACGCUGGAGCAGUUUGAGCUUACACGCGACGAGGCGAAGAAAGACGUUCAAACUGGCGAACUUUGGGUAGAGCAGAACCGAACGAACUUGGAAAAGGCGAAACAGAACGUCACAGAUUUGCAAAGCGAGCAGUCCGCCGCCGUCGAGAUGAUGAACACGGCGAAAGAGAAUGAGCGGAAGACGGAGGAUUUGUUGCGGCAAAGAAAACAAACGAAGAGAAGGCUAGAGACGCAGCUAGACGGGUUGAAAUCGAAGUUGGAGUUUUACAAUCGCGAGAUUACGACUCUGAACGCGACGAUGUCGGCGGAAGUGAAGACCGCGAUUAAUGAUUGGUUCGGGAAGGAGCAGGAAAACACGUUUUUGUCCGUUAUCGGGAACUACUUGUCCACGGCCGUGGAUGCGCUGAGUUACUUUGUGGGGCAAAUCGGUCUAUCCACCGAUGACGCGAGCCACAUGAAGGAGGUGGUGCGAUUGAUGGAGCAGGAGAAAAAGGCGCAGAAAGAGGACCGCGAGCUGGGAAAGCAAUACGAAGAGGUGAAGGAUCUCUCCGGGAACGAGGAGGUUCUGGAGCAUAUGCAAUCUUGCAAAAGUUGUAUCGUAUUCAGUAAAAUAAAUUGCAGUACAAAUGAGUAUAAACCUAAGACCGAAAAAAACUUCACUUUGUUAGGAAAAAUGCUGGCUUCCCUUGAGACUAGCACUUGUCACGCAUGAAUGCAAUUUGUAGUACGACUACGAUAUAAUUACUUUUGCACAGGAUAGAGCAGCUGAAACAGCAAAAAGUGAACAUCACAGUCUUUCUGAAAAAAUGCCUGUCCGACGUCGCCGCGGCGGAGGUGUUUGUAAAAGAAGCCGAGGAAAAAUUGAAGCACACGGAGGGUACCGUGCUCGCCGAGUUGCAGAAAGUUUUGACCGCGGAAGAGGCCCUCGUAAUCGAGGGACGAAGCAAUCAAACCGCGGCGGAGGCGGAGUUUUUACGCGUAUCCAAACUCGUCACUGACCGGCAAAACGACGAGAAGGAAUUCAUCGACCGGGAGCGGUCUGCGCAAGAAGAAAUCUCGAAGCUGCGGGGAGUACUGCACCAAUCGCAGAAGAAGGAGCAGGAUUUCGUUGCGACAGAGCUGAAGGCCGCGGAGGAGAAAGUCGGCGAGGAGCUGCGAGUCGCUUUUUCGAAAUUGGGCGACAAAAAAGAGUGGGAGAGGAAGCAGCAGGUGUAUCACAGUGAAAAGUGCCCCCCACCCCUGAAAUUGCAAAAAUUUGUGAUGCGAAGUUUCCAAAUGAAAACUUUUUGUCAUGCAUGAAAGGAGUAUGAAUCUUUCUGAUGCAGAUUCUAGUCGAGUUUCGCAUCGCUUGCAUGACAAGCACCGCUCUUGCUGGGAUCUUUUGCAAUACAAAUUUUUGCUAUUCACGAUCGCCAAUCUGUGAUGCUGAUACAUGCAAGAGGGCGAAUGUUUCAUUUGGAAAGGUUUGCAAUACAAAUGCUUUCACGUUCGGGAGUGGGGGCAUUUUUCAUUGUAAUAAGGUGGCGGAGAGUUGCGGGAUCGAAACCGACAAGAACCUGCUGGCGACGGCAAAGACAUUAUCAAAGGGAAAAAUCCCCCGUCCCCAUAUCGAAACGAGGUUUCUGAUGCUGGAUUUGCGUACACAAAUCAGGUCUGUCUUGCUGGAGAGGAUUGCAGGCAUAUGCCAAGCCUGGGUCGAGAGGUUUUGACGUAGGGGACCAGCAUGACAGAUGUCGGCUCUGUAAGCCCAACAGCAUCACAAACCUCCGGCAUAAUGCGGCGGACUCUCUGGCUUUGCCUUCUUGCAAUACAGACAGGAUUUGUGACCUCAAAUCUGCGUCACAAAUUUUCGGACGAAUGCGUUUUCAAUAUGGGGAGGGGGGAUUUUUCCUCUCAAUAGACAUAUCAGAGAUGCAAACAUGAUGUAGUCUGGGUCUUCAUCUGGAGGAUGAACUGAAGGUUUGCGCGAUCGCAUGACCCCAACUAUUUCAUUUUGGAACGCGAGCUGUAGCUUGACAAGUUUAGAGAAGGCUCCACCACGAAGUAGAAGAUGCUUACCCUGCAUGAGAAAUGUCAUCUUCGAAUCACCAGAAGAAGAAGUGUGGCCUGCAUGCGCUGUCGCUACCCAUGCAACAGUACAGACUUUUGUGCUGUCGGCCUUCUCUACCAUCACUUAGUGCAAACUCGGACGACUCUUCCAAAGAACCGAGACAUACUUGUUUGCAAAAAUGCAUACGGCGAAGCAACCGGACGAAGUGGACACCUCGGUGCUCAGUCUACCGGACUCCGUUCUCAACUACUUCGCCCAGAACGAGCCGCACCUCCGGUCGCUCGACCAGCAGGCGAAAUUUUUGCGGCGGAACAUCACGACGACGGACAAGGAAAUAAGGAAAAUAGCGAGCGAGAUCGCGGAACAGGAAAGAGAGGCAGUAAAAGCGGAGGAGUCUUUAUUCAAGAAAAAAACACCAUCACAAUCACUCUUGCACAUUUUUGCAAUACAAAAUUUUUUGUCAUGCGCAAAGAUGCAUCACAGUCAAGACUUAUUGGUGAUUUCCCUUUGAUGUGUUUUUGCAAUGCAACAAAAAUUUGUCAUGCGAGAGGAAUUUCUGAUGCAAAACCUCCUAGAUGUGAUUGUGAUGGUGUUUUUUGUUUGAUAGUCUUCGCGGACGGCAAACGCGACGCUGAUUACAGAAACCGAGUUAGCCGAGAAGCUCAAAGCUGAGAAAAACGCCGAGGAAAUCUACGCACUUUUGCAAAACAAGUUUAUCGUAUGCUUCGUAGUAAUUCUAAUUGCAUGAUAAAAAAUCGAAUUUGUAAAAUGGGGACUUACCACUUUAGGAAUGGGAUUUGUAAUCAUGCAAGGUUGAUGCAAAAAUUACUACGAGUGCGCGAUAUAUUUUUGCACUGAAUGAGGUCGAGCAGGAAUUGAAGAAGAAGAUCCGGGAGGAGAAGCAGGAAAAAUACGACAAGGCAGUGGACAACUGGAGGAAGGUCGGCAAAGACGUCCUGACCUUGCAAGACGAGGCGGAACAGGCCCGAGUUGGGUUUUUCACGGCUUUGGCCGAGUUUCGCGAGUCGCAACAAGUCUACGAUUCCGCGGUGGUUGCGCGAGAAAGUGCUUUUGAGGCGUCGAAGAAUUGUAACGAAACGCGGGAAAACCUGCGAACCCAGUUAGCGGAGUCUGUUGGAAAGGUUGCGCAGUCGAAAGUGGAGUACGAGGAAAUUAAGCAGACCGCCGAGAUUGACGCGAAGCACCUAUCCUGUGCAAAAGUAUCGUACUCGUAUUGGUAUUGCAAUCAUGCAUAAUUUUUACAUUUUUUUUUUUAAAUGUAAAUCCGCAUAAUAUACAAAUUUCUCAUGCUGAGAAAAUGCAUUUAUACGAGUGCGAAUGCGAUACACUUUUGCAAUGCAUAGCACCGGUUCUACAAUGAGAGUUCCAUUAUUUACGAGGAAAAGCGCGCCAUCGAGGAGGACUACCGACAGAGGAUGAACAAGGAACACAAACAGCUGGAGCGGAGGCAGCGGAAGCUGCAGCAAAUCGACGUCGAGCUGGAGUACUUGCGAAAACUGACGGAGAAACAAGAGUCGAAAAACACCAUGCUAGCCGCGGAGGCGGCCGUCAUGGCGGCACAGAAAACGUUCGAAGAGACGAGCAAAGCGAGGCAGACCGCGGAGGAAGUAUCAAAUGUAAAAAUGUCUGGGUCUGGAAGAAUGCAACUUGUAAUGCGUAUUCCAGAACACAGAAAAGUCUCUCAUGCAUACGUAGCAAAAGCUGCCCACUUUCUGUCAGCAAAAUAGCAGGGGACUUGUCAUGCGGAUUCGGCAUUGCGGAAGCUUCUCGAAACCUGUGAUGCUAGAGCUUCCAUGCCAGACCUUCUGUGUCAUGCAAAAACAGCAUGACUCUUCCAGACCCAGACAUUUUUACAUUUGAUAGGAAGGAAUUUACAACAACACCCAGGAGGUCUACGGUUUUAUGGAAGAAAUCAAAGAGGUAUGAGAGUGCACAACUCCCCCUCCCCCUCAUUUGUCAUGCAAAGUGCCUAGUUUACGCCUGGGCUCUUGGCACUGUUUGCAUGACAAGUUCUGGUAGCCCAAAUAGCACUACACGCCAGUGGUCAAAAUUUGUCAUGCAAAACCUGUAUUCUUGCUGACGCUUGUAUUGCUGUUCAUGCAAUAUAUACAAAUGAGGGGUUGGGGCGGGAGUUGUGCACUUUCAUAAGAGGCACAGAAAAUCCACGACGCGCAGGACCCGAAAGACAGGGAAAGAAGCUUCGCGGUGGCAUGGUAGCCGGGCUGGUUUGUUUCUUGCGAAGAGUUAGUGCCUGUGCCGGGCGCCACUACACGUCGUGUAAUUCACUGUAAUUUUUGUAACGGAUAUGUAAAAACCAGUGUAGUUAAUACUAGCGGACGAAAAUAAACCAAGGCAGCCCGUGCCUCAUUCAUCCUUUGCGUUCUUCUAGUACUUGUCGUGUGUGCAGACUCAGACUGAUUAAUUCAAACUUGAUCGACAUGCGCACCCUUGCUCUACUUCUUCUGUCACGACUUUUUUAAGCUAAGUAUACGUUGUUCUUGAACUUUGCACCAGCCCAUGUGGCUGCAUCGGCUUAACAUAUCAGUUUCUUACAGGAGGACACCGCGAGGGACUUCUUAUCUGUACCAUCGCUGGCGUGGUCGUGGUGCUCACCUCGGAUGAAAUGCGAACAAGUUCUUGCUACUUACCCUUCGACUCAGAGUCGUUUCGAUUGCUUUAUGGAUGCUUGGCAUCAAAGACAAGCAUGAGUUCGACAAGGACCACAUUCCAGUAGCCAGAUGAAGUUGCUAGAAUUGUACUGAAAAACAACAGGAUCUAUGAGUAUUGAAAUGGAUUUGCAGCCUGAC